CCACAUCUAGACCUGAGAAGAGAAAUGAAUUAUCUACAUACAGUACAUACAGUACAUACAGUGCACACAGUGUACAGGCUCGUAUCUUAUUGACUCUGCACCUCUACUUUGUACGUAUGACCAUAUAUGAUAUAUCCGUAUAUCCAUCCAUCCAUCGUACAGUAUGCUCCGAUCUUCAUGUUGAUAGUGAGCCUUUCCUGAUAGAUUUGCUUCAGAUUUCCUUCAUUAUUACUGCUUACUGCUGUCUCAAAUAUGUAUCAACAACACAUAAUAAUGCGUACCAAACCUAAUCUUGCGAUCUCAGCAAGCCAAAUUUAAUGCAGAUGCAAAACAGUGGAGUUUUGAGUCUUAUUCUUAUUAAAGAAAAGGUUCCGAGCAAAUCAUGUUCAUCCAAUCAAAGUACUAGCCAUUUCGUUUUCUCUCGGUGUCACGUGGUGAUACAAACAUGGAAUAACCAUCCACCUAGUCUUAUCUAACUGGGCCUAGCUCUCACUGGUAUUCAGCCAAGCAAACAUCACUACUGACUCUCAGUAUUGACAAGAACGUACUGGACCACGUCCUUGACUUUAUGAAUAUCCAAUUCUCCAUAUUCAGGUGUCAUUCGCGAUUGCCAUUGAUUGCCACUUAAUAUUUUAGUUGUACUAAAUCAAAUUACCCAAAGGCCCCUCGAGGCUCAACGAAAGCUACCUACAUAAUAAACAUACAGUUUGAUUAGAACAACGUUCUAGAGUCUUGAAGUCCAAUCCUACUACAUAAUUCAUGCCCUCGCGCUCGCGCCUGCGACUUCAAUCAAGAUGCCUCCCAUGCCAGGUCAAAAAGGGACAGGAAAAAAGGGUCGAGAUCCGCGUCAAUCUCGAAGUCGAAAUACAACACCAAGUCUAGUUGGUGCAUCGAGCUCUGUCGUAACUUCGGAUGCCGGGAAAACUCCAUAUACACAAAUCCCAAUCAAUAUCCUUCGAACUUCUGUAGCGGAUGAGAUUGCCGAGCAACAUACUUCCACUAUUCCCAACUCAAGAGAGCUUGAGGCUCUUAUGCAACGUAUGGAAAGACUGGCCUCGAGUGUAGAUGAACGUGCUGCGGUAUGCGACAAAGGGAUGCGAGUUUUGGCACAAUCAAGGAAGGAGAGAAAUGAGGAACUGGAAAUCGAAAAACGAGACGAAGAUUUAAAGGAGAGAAUGAAGAGAGAUUUGGCUGAAGAGGAAGAGCGCGGAAGACACAAGGCUCACAAGAUUAAAAAAAGGAAGGAUGUCAGUAGUGCCAGAGAAGAACGGCCGUUGACACAUGGUGCCCAUGGUUUGGCACCACAAGAUGGAUCUAAUCUUGGUAUGUUAUCUGUUGAUUUGAUACAUCUGUCAACAAAUACUGCAUCAAUUCUUACUUGAUCACCUUUGCUUCUUGCCGAUGUCGCUAAUAGAAUUCACUUGCAGAGGUCGCCGUGCCGAGCCGAGAUUAUACACAUAAACAUCAUAGAAAAUUAUCAAAAGAGAGAGACAAUGAUUCAAUCAGUUCGUCGCUUUCGCCACCUGCUCCAGCAACACCAACGGCAGGUAUGAAUGCCGAUACAAAACAGAAAGAUGCCGUCGAGGAUGAAUCCAGUUCCGAUGAACAUCAACCUCCCCCAGCGCCAAAGAUUCCCAAUUACCAAACGUUCGGGCCGGAUCCCUCCACCUUCCCAGAUCCAACAGUUUAUGAGAUUACGAAAAUAAAACCUGGAGAUCCUAGAAUGAGUGAGGAGGAGAAGAAAAUGGUUUAUUCUGUGGCCGUGUAUCCGACAAAUGAUCUUCAUGAUCUUAUCCCGGGAACGCCACCAGACAAGGAUUUCAGCAAUGCAAAACCAACAAAUCAAGUACAAGCUAAUACCUUUGCAACAUACCUGGAGCCAUAUUUCCGGCCAUUUACGGAGGAAGAUCUUGCGUUUCUUCGUGAACGCGGAGAUCGUGUGAACCCAUUCAUUAUACCUAGACGUGGAAAGAAACAUUACACCGAAAUCUGGGCGGAGGAGGACGGCGCUAUGUCAGUUGACACGCCACAUCAAGGACGAGAUAAAUUGCCUCCAAAUCAAGCUCGUGGAAGCAUUGAUGAUAUUGAUGAUGCCAUAGCAGAGACAGAUCAGGUUUCUGCUGGCCCAAUACUGUCGAGAUUGUUGGCAACUUUAAGACCAGAGAACCGAGCACCUCCUUCGGAGGAUAAACCUAUGAUAAACGGCAUAAGUAAUGGCGAAGGUAGUUUCAAUGGUGAAAUGAAUGGAGACAUGGCGGAACCAAGUCAACACAGCGACACAUCUCCCUUACCUCCUGCAACUUUCAUGCCUGAUUCGGCAUCCGAAUCGUGGAAGAAAGCAAAUCAUCCAAAGCUCGAUCACGCUCAAGUAGAUGAAAGGAUUAAACAGGAGCUUCGCCACAUUGGAUUUCUCCCACCUGACACCGAACCCGAUUACGAUGCUCAUUAUGACGACGAAAUAGCCGCGCGUCUACGAUUUUUACAAACCAAGCUCAGAGAACAGUCAAUUAUCAAUGGAGCACGUAAAGCUCGAUUACAGGAAAUUACAAAGGAACGUAUGGCUCACCAAGAAUAUCAGACUAUCCUCGAAGAUCUUGAUGGUCAAGUGAAUGCAGCUUAUACCAAACGAUCACGCACAAUAGGAAAAACCAAGAAGAACAAGAAAUCUGGAGGUGCUGGUGGUGGCAAUCAAGCUGUCAAUGGUACUGCUGGUACGGCAAGACCAGGUCUCGGUGACGUAACCAAGACUUUGAUGGAAAAACGACAAAAAUGGAUCAAAAAUAUUGGAGCUGUAUUUGAUGAUGAAAGGAAUUUGGGCAAAGUACCUCGUUCAAAGGAUGAGGGUAGCUCGAUAUUCAAGCCUGAAAUCAUGGCUGAAUUCAUUCAGAAGGAAAAAGAUGGGUGGGAUGAAGACGGAGAUGAAGAAUAAGCUUGUAUUAUACAGUAUCAUUUACGAUGGAUAGGAUUGGCAAGGGGUUUUCGGGAAGGUUUCUUCAGCUGCGUCAAGGUUCAUGCAGGCAGGAAUGGAGUUUACGGACGAAGCGUUGCAUUAGUUUUGCAGUUAUAGCGUAAGGCUCUUAUGAAUUAAUGGAUUUCUUUUAGGUUACAAUAUCUUCCGAGUCGUUAGUUGUGAUGGAUGAGUUCGUGGUGAUUUCUCAACUUGACGGAUGUAUAGGGAAAUCUCUUGUUUAAACUUUAUAUGAAUGAAAGAAUGGCUCAGAAUAGUACACAAGGGUCUUUCUUGGUAAAGAACUUGUGAGUUACACAGAUUUAUUACUUUAUAUGCAGGUGCAUGUCUCUUGUUUAACUUCAAAGGCUUGGACGGGGUGGUUGCAUUGGAUAA